AUGGCCGACGAAAUCCCCAGAACAGACUCAGCAGCAGAUACACCGCAAGUUGUAGCACCAGCUGAAUCUGCUGUCAAUGGGCAUAACUCAGACCAGAAGGAUGUGACAAUGUCUGAUGCGCCACUCGAUCACUCUGCAUCAUCUCCUGCUCCAGCUACUCAUGCGCCUAGCCCCAUACCUGCACGAACAGGGACUCCGGCGCAAGGUUCCAGAGCUGCUUCUGCGCAUCCGGAUUCUGGUCUUAGCCUACCAGCCGAAGCUGCCCCUCAUGGCGAUUCAACACGACGAUAUCUCAACACAAAAGUUACCGGAGUAUUGUUAGAGGGCGUAAAGCAACUGGCAAAAGACAAGCCGAGUGAUCCUCUGCGGGUACUAGGAGAGUAUCUCAUUCAGAAGUCAAAGGAACUGGAAGGCACUGGCUAG